GACAGGAAAUGUAAAAACAAAUAGAUUCACAUUGUGGUUCUAAGUUUAUUUAUGAAUCGAACACAAUUUCACGAUGAAUAUGGUGUGAUUCUUUAUGCAGUUGUUUCAGAUAUUAAGAGCAAAUUCAAUAGAAUUAUUACAUAGUUACGAAGCACUUUAGUCACCAUGAAGUUUAAUUAUAAGUUUCAAAACUUACUCGGAACAGUUUACCGUAAAGGUGAUGUGCUCUUCAGUAAAGAUGGAAAUUGCGUUAUCAGCCCAGUUGGUAACAGAAUAACCAUAUAUAAUUUGAAACAGAAUAAAAGUAACACUCUAUCGUUUGAAAGUCACUACAAUUAUACAGCUGUUGAUAUUGCACCAAAUGGAAUGACAUUGUUGGCUGUUACGGAAAAGGGUGAAGCACAAAUUAUAAGUCUUACAACUUCUGUGGUGUUACACAAGUAUAAGUUCAAGCAGCAAGUGAAUGCGGUUAAGUUUAGUCCUGAUGGAAAAUACUUUGCCGUGUGCUGCGAUAAUACAGUAUUCGUGAUGACAGCACCGGUACAUUUCACCGGCGAAUACCGGCCCUUCAUCAUGAAACGUGUCUUCAAGAAAGCCCUAGACGAAGUGACGUGUCUGGACUGGUCGUCCUGCUCGAGACUCCUGGCGGUCGGAUCGAAAGACACGACAACGAAGAUUCACACGGUCGAAUAUUUAGAGAACAUCACUAUGUAUUCGCUCAGCGGACACACAGAUAAAAUUAUCGGUGUCUUCUUCGAGAGGAAAAGCUUAGAUCUGAUAACGGUCAGUAGGAACGGUCAGCUGUGCUUGUGGGAGGCCAGUAUAGAUGCAGAUGAGCUUGCAGUGAAGCAGGAUGACACGUCGCGCAAGAAACGAGUGAGACUGCAGAACGAGGGUAAUCUAGAGGAAGAAUUUGACGCAAAGGAUGAUAUUGAGAAAGAAAAGGAAUAUGACAGCGACAGAGACGCUGAACAAGAACAGAACAAUUCGAAGGCUAACUCUGAAGAGAACGAUAAGAGAUUGAUGUACAAAAAGCUGGGGAGGCAUUACAUCGGCGAUGCGAUACGCAACGCCGAUCGGAAGGUCAAGCUCACGGCCGUUCAGUAUCACAAGGAAAACAAGCUGCUAGUGACCGGUUUCUCGAGCGGUCUGUUCUUCUUGCACGAGAUGCCGGACGUGAAUCUGAUCCACACGCUCAGCAUAUCGGAGCACCGCAUCAGCAGCAUCAGCGUGUCACCGCCCGGGGACUGGAUCGCUUUCGCCUGUCCCAACAUCGGUCAGCUGCUGGUCUGGGAAUGGCAAAGCGAGCAAUACGUGAUGAAGCAGCAGGGCCACUCGUUGGACAUGACGUGCCUGGCGUACUCGCCGGACGGGCUGCACGUCGUGACCGGGGGCUUCGACGGUAAAGUGAAGGUCUGGAACACGACGAACGGCUUCUGCUUCGUGACCUUCCACGAGCACAAGGCGACCGUGAGCGGCGUCACGUGCAGCGCCAACAAGAAGUUCUUCGUGUCGUCGUCGCUAGAUGGCACUGUACGAUGCUACGACUUGACCAGAUACCGCAACUUCCGUACGCUGACGUCACCCAGCCUGGUGCAGUUCAGCUGUGUGGCGCUGGACUCCAGCGGAGAGUUCUGUGCGGCCGGCGGUCAGGACGUCUUCGAAAUAUUCGUUUGGUCGAUCAAGUUCGGGAAGUUACUGGAGGUUCUAGGAGGUCACGAGGCGCCGGUGUCGAGUCUCGCGUUCAGCCCGACGCUGGCCAGCACGCGCCUGGGCUCCGCCAGCUGGGACGGGACGGUCCGUCUGUGGGACUGCAUCGACCGGGAGGUCCAGUGCGAGCCGAUCCGACUCAACUCUGACGCGCUGCAAGUCGCCUUCAGACCCGACGGGGAAGAGAUCGCGGUGUCGACCCUGGACGGCAAUAUAACGUUCUUCGAGCCGAGCACGUGCGAGCAGACGGGUAGCGUGGAGGGCAGGUCCGACCUGGGCUCCGGGAGAGCAGACACCGACCUGGUCACGCCGCAGACACUCUUGAAAACCAAAGCGUUCACAACAAUAUGCUAUUCUGCUGACGGUACCUGCAUCCUGGGAGGCGGCAACUCGAAGAACGUUUGUCUUUAUAGCGUGAAGGAUUCCGUACUCAUCAAGAAGUUUGUCGUCACGGAAAACAGAUCUCUGGAUGCUGUUAAUGACUUUGUGAAUCGCCGCAACCUCACGGAGUUCGGGAACAUGGCGCUACUGGAAGAGAGGGAGGAUCUGGAAGGAGGAAACGUCAACAUCCGACUGCCGGGCGUCAAGACCGGGGACAUGGCCGACAGGAACGUUAAACCUGAGGUCCGCGUGUACUGCGUCCGGUUCUCACCGACCGGGGAGAGCUUCGCGGUGGCCGCCACGGAGGGCCUGAUGCUGUACAGCCAGAACGCCGGCGUCGACGGUACUUUCAGGCCGUAUCGACUGGAGGCGACGUCGACGCCGGCCGCGGUGAGGCAGUCUCUCCGAGACGGCGCCUGGGGCUCCGCCCUCACCGGCGCCCUACAGCUGGCGGAGCAAGCGCUCAUACAGGAGUGCCUUGAAUCCGUGCCCACUAAAGACAUAUCCCUAACGGUAUCGAGUCUAGACGAAGACUACGGCGACCGGCUGCUGAGCACGAUAGCGCGCCUCCUCGAGGACAGCAGGCACGUGGAGCAGCUGCUGCACUGGACCACGGCGCUGGUGUCGACGGGGAGGCACAAGUUCCCGCCGAGCGCGCUGCUCGCCGUAGAGAAAGUGCUGACCGUCAAAUACUCGCAGUUGAGUAAAAUAUGUGAUUUCAACAAAUAUACGAUAAGGUGCAUAAAGACCGUCGGAGAUGUGGUCUUAAAACGAGAAGAAGUUGAGCCCAUGGACACUGACGGACCAACGUCCUCUGAUUCUGAAUAAAAUAUGUUAUUGUCA